AUGACUGUCGCGUCUUCAACACCACUCGGCAGUUCUAGCUCUAACAAACGGGGCCCUGGUGAUGGCGUCGCUGCCCCAGAGCCCGGGGAUCCCCCAAGAGCGGAGGCCAGCGAACCAAAUGAAGAAGAAAAUCUCGAACAUACACGAUGGUGGUUGAUUGCUUCUGCCUUUCCCAUGAUUGCUGGCACGUUGGGGCCGGUAGCGUCGGCAUUUAGUAUUUGUGCUCUGGGUAGACCAUGGCGCCAAUACAUGCCGCCAGGUACGGAUUUCCAGUCUGCGACAUCUGUACUUGAUCCGCCAUGGCUUACUGCCGUCAACGCCAUUCAGUUGGCAGUGGCGCUUGUCUCCAACGUCUUUCUUCUUCUCAACAUGGCUAGACGAGUGAAAUUUACCCUUGCACAGCCAAUUACCAUUGUUGGGUGGUACAUAUCUUCUUUUUGCCUCAUUUCGCUCUGCGCUACCGCCUCUAAACCGUUGCGCCAGGGACUGGAUAACCCCGUUGAAGAAUACGUCAUGUCCCAGGCUUUCUAUUAUGGCAUCUGGGCUGCCAUUCUUUACUUUGCCGUUGCCUCGUUCAUGACGGCUACCUUUUGGGGCGCAUCGACCGGCCAUUUCAGCAAGAGCUUCGCUCUGACCAACAGCCAGCGUACUCUGAUGCUCCAGACCAUCCUUUUUCUCACAUACCUCCUCCUAGGCGCCCUCAUUUUUAGCACCAUUGAAGGCUGGAACUACCUCGAUGGCGUGUACUGGGCUGACAUCACUCUGUUCACCGUCGGAUUUGGUGAUUUUGCCACCACCAAAACUCUGGCAAGGGCCCUGGUGCUACCGUAUGCGCUCAUAGGCGUCAUCAGCCUUGGUCUAGUCAUUGCGUCUAUUCGCAGCAUGAUCCUGGAUCGUGCACGGAGGCGCGUUGGUAUUCGAAUGGAAGAGAAGACUAGAAGGAAGCUCGUGCGUACCUUGACCAAGUCGGGCAACGACACGAUACUAAAUCCCAUGUCUGGCGAGGUGACAGCGUUAAGCCCUCAUGUCACCAACGAAUACGAACGUCGCAAGGUUGAAUUCGAACUCAUGCGUAAUAUUCAAGAUCGUGCGCUGGUCUGGAGGCAGUGGAUGGAUCUAUCAGCGUCUUUUGGUACCUUGAUUGUCCUGUGGCUUAUCGGUGCACUCGUGUUCUGGUCUACGGAAAGACACUACCAAGAGCAAUGGUCUUACUUUGAUUCCUUUUACCUAUGCUUUGUCUCGCUCACCACCAUCGGAUAUGGUGACCGAGUGCCCAUGACCAAUGCUGGAAAAUCCUUCUUCGUCUUUUGGUCGCUACUCGCACUGCCCACCAUGACCGUCCUUAUCUCGCAUGCCGAAGACACCAUUGUCAAGUUUGUCCGAGAAAUGACAAUCAAGGUGGGCGCAGUCACCAUUCUCCCGCGCGACAAAGUCAUUGCGAAGAUGGAAAAGGAACACCUAAAGGAAUAUAGCAGCCACCAAGCUAACCCGACUAUCGAAGGCGGCGGUUUCAUGCGCUGGCGCAGCCGCUCCAAGCAAACCUUGUCACCAGACAAGCACGUCCACAGCCGACCCGACGCCGACGAGGGCACCCUGCGCAAGCGUCAGAGGCGCGCUGCACGCCAUAACCAUCUCCGUAGCGUCGCCUCCAAGAUCCGGCACGCAGCCACCGUCUCCUCCCAGACCAAGAGUCAUCAGCACCGCCAACUCGACGAGCUGCCCACUGGCAGGGAGUUUCAGCUGCUUCUCAUCGCCGAAAUCCGCUCCGUGACGCAACACCUACGCGAGGACAAGCCCCGCCGCUAUUCCUUUGAGGAGUGGGCGUGGUUUCUGUGGCUUCUCGGCGAGGACGAGCGCGACGCCCACACGCAUCGCAAGGCUCAACCAGGGGAGAAGCGCACCCACGACGUCGCGGCGGCGCAGAGUAGGCUGCAUGGAGACACCGCCGCGCGCGUUCAGCAGCCGUUUCAGUGGUCCUGGGUCGGCAGCCGCAGCCCGCUGACGGCAGACCAGGAGGAAAGCGAGUGGGUGCUGGAUCGUCUCACGUUUCGCCUGCAAAAGGCGCUCGAGGAGGAUGCAGAUAGCGAAGAGGCGGCGGCGGCGGCGGCGGCGGCGGCGCCAGCCAAGCGAUGCUUGGCGCCCGACACAGAGCUACAAAUAAAGCAAAACCAAUAA